GUAAACGGUAAACCGUUUACCGGUGGUAUCGGUAGCCGAGCGGGAAGUUGGGGGAGUCGGUUUACCGGACACGGUAUCGGUAAAUACCGACGGUAAAUCGGUAUUACCAAUACCGAAUCCCCCCUCCCUACUCCCUAGUGUUGCGCUGCGUUUUGUUGCUUUACCCCCAAAAAUAUAAAAUAUUACAUACAUGAAUGUAAGUAUAGGCCUAAAAAAUAUUGUAAAUAAGAGUUAAUAAUAAAUUAUUAAUUAUAAAAAUGAUGAAAAAAACUCAAAAAAAUCAAAAUAUUACAACAUCACCCCACUUCCAGAAAUUCGGUUCGGUAAACCGACAGAAAAACCGCCAGAAAUCGCUUCUCACGGUAUUUCGGUAAUACCGGUUUGUAACCGUUUACCGGUAAUUCGGUAAUCGGUAAACCGGUUACAAACCGGUAUCAGUAAUCGGUAACCAGUUUGGCCAACUUCGGUAUACCGAAACCGGUAAAUUCGGUAAACGGUAAAUUGUUUACCGACCGAAUCCCACCCCUAGCGAUCUCAAAACUCGAAGCUCAACUCGUAACUGGUCAUCCUAUAUAGGGUUUUCGUGUCUAGUUUAAUCUUAAAUUGUCAAACUUAGUCAAACAGGUUCAAAUUUGUAAGUUUUGACUAUUUAGUCAAAUAAACUGAGUUAACCAAACAAUUUCUCUCUAUCUUUUCCACAAACACCUUGUAUCUCUAAUUUUCAAUGCAAAUUCGAUUCAACCAAGAGAUCUAGAUUUGACUUGACGAACAUUGAUAAACUUGUUUCCAGAGUAAAUGGUCAACCCCGAAUAAUGUUUACAUUAAUGAUAUUUAUAAAAAGAAGAAAUUGAUAAUAUUAAUAUUAUAUAAUUAUAUAUAACACAAUUAGAAAAACAAAAUUCCAUAAUUCCCCCCUCCCCCUCUCUUCCUUCCUUCCCUUGCACCCCAAUUCGGGGGAUAAGCCGAAACAAUAAAUUUGCACUACCGUUUUGCACCCCCCUACUGUUCCAAAUUAACCAAACAGGUGAAAAUGUGUUGGAAACUGUGUUUACCCCUCACAUUUGCACCCUCCUCCCAUUUACCCCUCUUCCCAAACAGAGUGGUAGAAAAUGGUCUACCUUUUUCACUAAGUGGGUGACCACUUUUCGAGAAAUCGUUCUACUGUUUUCACCAAGCGAUCUACCUUUCCAUCAAAUAGUUCACCGCUUCCAACAACCGGUCGACCUAACGAACCAUUGCUAAUGACAUCAGCAUAUACAAUUAUAGUAGUCCAAUAUCAAUACGUAUGUUUGUUGCCUAGAGAGUUGAAAUUUGUACAAAGGCUAGAGCAUAGAUGAGAAGUUUGUUGAGCGAUUGUUCUCCCACAAAUUUGGAAAAUGUUUUUCAUAUUUAUUUCAUAAAUUGUACUUAUUCUAUAAAGUCUUUCAUCUUUCCUUAAAAUUCUAAGUUUGAUUGUUUUUAUGCUAUAGUUUGUCUUGUGAUAGAUCAACUUUGUUGGUACUGUUUCAUAUCAUCUUGCUUUUAAGGGUUUUUAUUCCAAAAGUGUUAAAAGAGGUUGCUAAUUCUUUUUGUCUAGGCCUUUAAUCUUUGCGGAGAUUUGGCUGCCCACGGAUGAUAGGAUGUUGCAUUUUAAUACAGUUUCAUAAUGUAGGCCCUUAUCUCCAUUAUUUUCAUAAUGUGAGUAGAAGGUAACACAGUCAUCUGGUUGACCGUUCGUCGGAAGUGGUAGACUGUUCUCUAAAAGCGGGUGUAAGUUGAAGUAAGUGUGUCAUCAGUUGACCAAGCGUUAUACCAUUUUUCUUGAAAAGUGGUUGACUGCUUUAUGCAAGAAGUAGACCGCAUUGUGAAAGAGGUAUAUUGUUUUCUCCAAGUUAUGUUGACUUGUAACUCGUAAGUCACACUAGACAUACCAAAAACAUACUAUGAACUAAAAAUGAUCCGUGUUAAGAAAUAGUAUAUAAAAUAAUUUUAGACAAAAUUUUCAUAUAUAUUAGAUAUAUGUUAUAAAAAGACAAUCCAAGGACGGACACAAGGCUAUUACAUCGAAAUUGUACCAAAUUCCAUUCUUAUAUUUUCGUCAUAUUUUCUUUCACAAAUGCAUUUGCAUAUCUAUGCUUUAUCUCAAAAUGUUUAGCGUGUCAUUUGUUAAGCAAGGGAGUGAAACGAACUUGUGUCCUAUCCUUCAACGAUCACUUGUCAACUAAUAUGACAAACAUUCAAUAAGUCCCAAUCAUAGGGUUCUACAUGUAGAAUAAAGUGAUCAAAAUUUUGCUUCUCUUCUCUUGCAUAACUAAGAAUUUUUCACCAUUGUGCCAACUUUUUCUUGAAUGUCAUUAUUUUGGGAAGCCAAAACCGUGUUGAACUUAAGGAAAAAGUUCAAAAUAGGAUAAUUUCCUCAAUAGUCAAAUUUUGCUUAACAAAUGGUGCCACAUGGCGAGAAACGUAAAUUGGUAGAAGGAUGGGGAGAUUGUUCUAGUAACACGAGAACAACUAGAUUCAGCUUUUCUUCGGUUGUAUAGUCUUAUUUUUGUAUUUAUGAGAUACAAGGAUGGGGAGAUUGUUUCGCAUGAUUUCAUUCAAAUUCAUUUUAUUUAGUAUUUAGUUAUUUCGAUUUUGAAUUCGAAUUCGAAUUCGAAUUUACACGUUGGAACAGAGAGGAGAGUGUCUAUUGAUAUUCACAUGACUAUACACUUUACACAUUAGUAAUAAUGGAAGAGAUUCUUAGUCAUCUUUUCGUUAUUUCAAAUCAAAUGAUAAAAAUCUUUUUUUUUUUCUUUCCAUUUUUCUUUUUGUUAGACCUUCUAUUUACAAAUCCUGAUAUGACUCUAGAUCAUUAGCAAAAUAAGAAUUUGUGAGAAAAAAUAGUGUUCAUCAAAUAGAGGGGAAAAAAGAAAGAAUAGGUCUCAAUAUAUAAUAAAUUUUUACUUUUUUUCGCAUCAGGCACUUCGUAAGAAAAGUAUAAGACGAAAAGAUUAUAUCAUUUCAUGGCGGAUCAAUGUAUAGUCUUAUUUUUUUAACUAUGCGAUAGAAGGAUGGUGAGAUUGUUCUAGUAACACUUCACUCACUUGAUAGGAAUGUUCCCAUUUUUUUUUUUAUGUAUGAAAAAGAUACAAUCUAUUCAUAGAAAACAAUAUACAUUGCGCAGCCCGAACAAAGAUUCAACAAAAAAGUAGUACCACCUACAAACAAAAGGAAAAAAGAGAGAUGGAUAACAGACAAAACAAAUGAAAAAUCUCCUCAAUGAAGUGACACAAACCUAACCCACAUUAUUAAAACAUUUGAAACAUAUUGAGAAUCAAAAUUCAAUAUAAUUAAUUAGGACCUGGUGUGUAUUGUGGGUCGUGCUCGUGCCACAGCAUUCUGUAGCCGGCCGGCAGCCCUUAUCUGUGUCUGUCUGUGUAUAUCUCUACCACCAUUAUAAUUUAUAAACACGCUUAACUAAUUAAUUAACAGUACUGACCUAAACUCCAUAGUUGUUGAGGGUUACGAAACUUCAAAGCUUACCACAAAAAAUACCCCAACGACUGCUUUCUUUUCUUGUAUGAAUAAAAUUCCUUUAUGUUGAUAUAAUGUACAAUCACACGUGGACAAGACAGUUGGUCGCCACCUAGGCUGUGAUGGUGAUGUGGGAGAAAGGUCCAUUGGAAAACCUACAAAAAUGGGCACUGGUGAAGUGAGUGAGUUUGUGUAGGCGGAUAUAUAAUGGCUUCUUUUUGUCAACAUGGUAAUGAAAUCUCCCGCCAAAAAGCAAGUAUAGGAAAUCAAUACUUGUUUGAAUAAUAACAUACAACUACUGCAAAUUGCAAAAAGUGGACGAAUAAAAACCGUGGAAAAUAAGAGGCUGAAUUACUACAGAAAUGGUCACUCAACUUUGGGGUCAAUUCUUCAUGGAAAUUAAACCAUGCUUUAAUCUAGAGGUGGAAAUUGGGGUGACUAUGGUAACAUGCCCCGUAGUUAUACAUUUAGAAAUCGAUUUAUUGAUUUAAAUAACCCAUGAAUAUUGUCAUGCUGCCUGCCAUAAUCUAAUUUCUACAAGAGCAUUAAUCAUGUCUUUAUUUUUUGAGUAGAAAUUAAUCAUAUGAUUUGAUCCGAUACGUCUAUUACCGUUUCAUGGCGUCCGUGAAAACAAUAAAAAGCUACACGACAUGGCUAUCAUAGUUCAUAAUUGUGAUUUUGGUGUAAGCCAGGAAUGAUUAGUUCAGCUCCUAAGUGCUAACCUUAACUAAUCAAAAUCAAAUCUUGGAUUGAAAGAGAAACAAAUGAUUAAUUAUAUUUUUGCAAGAGAUCAUGGAUGAAGCUCGAUAGUGGUGGCACUUUAAAGGAAGAGGAGGCCCAAUUUCCAAAAGGGAUUGGUUCUGUGAUUGGAUAGAGAGUGGGGCUUAGUAGGGUUUACACUUUACAGGAUAACACACUUGCAUGCCCCAUCUCUCACUAAAACGUUUUCAUUAUACGAAAGAGAGCGGCCACCCACCCAAUUACCUUCUUCCAACUCACUUCCCAAGUUCCAAGUUCUUUUAAAGGUUUAGGAAAUUCUACAGUAGGGGCUAACCGGAUCAGAAAUACCGAAUAUCAUAUUCAAAACAGUAGGCUGUUUUAGCGGUAGGAAACGGUUCAAUCAUGGUUAAAUCACGAUUUAAGUACAAAAUAUAAUAUCACUCAUUUUUCCGAUAUAACCUCCUAUAUGAUUUCUUAAACCUUGAUUCUUUCUACCCUGCCUUUAUUAUUAUUUUGUAAUUUUUUUUUUGUAGUUGUUGCUUUUGUUUUCAAUUCAUCAUCAACAUUUUUGUUGAUCUCAUCAGUCUAAUUUAGCUUUCCUUUGGAAAUAGUAAAAUAAAUGAACACGUGGGCCUUUCGAAGGCCCAAAAGAAAGGAGGAAAAAGGAGCAAGGUAAUGGAAGUUGUGAUGAUGGUUUUAUGUACAAAAUAUUCAAUGAACUUAUCAUCACACUCGCAUUUCACUUUGGUCUAAAAUUUCAAUUCGGCGAAAGCCACUUCUUGUGUGCACCCAUCAUAGCUAGGAUGAUUUGUGUGUGGAGUUACGAACGAAAAUAGUAUAUUAGAUUGUAAUUCUGAUAUUAAAAUGAGACAUGUAAUUCUUGGUAGUUUCCCCCCUGAAAAUUGGGCACUGAUGUGCUGAUUGUGGGUGUUAAUUGUCUCUCUCCAUCAUCAGAUUCUAUUGUACUAUAUAUUGAUCAUUGAUCGUUUUGCACUUCUGCUGUCAAUGCAAUAUUUCCUAUAAUUUAUCCUUUUGUUUUCAAAUACGCAUCACGAGCCUGUUGGGGGCACGGAGCUGUGUGCAUGUGGGAUGGGGCUUUCCGGAGUGGUUCCCACUCGCAUGGAGGUUUGGUUCUUCUCACCCCGGAUCGAGAGGUUUUGAUGGUGAAGGGUGUGCAGUUUCCAUGGUUUGAUGACCCUUUGGUAGUGGAAUUGGUUACUCUGCGGGAAGCUGUUCUGUGGUGUCAGUCGCUCGGCUGGGCGGACAUUACCUUUGAAGGGGUUGCGAAAAUUAUCAUGGAUAAAAUCAACCUCAAGGAGGCUUGAGAUAGUCGGUUGGGUGCUGUGCUAGAUGAGCUCAUUCAGAUUUUUGCCGGUAAUCCUAGGUUUAGUGUUAGAUUUGUAGGUCGGCGUAGCAAUAGGGUAGCUCAUUUGGUGGCUAGGAAAGCCCUCACUCUGUUCUCGACUAUGAGUCGUUCUUUUGAUUUCCGGGCUUGGCUGGUGUCCAGGAUGUAACUACAUUUUCUUGAUCAAUAUAUAAUUAUCUUUUUUAAAAAAAAAAAAAAAUCAAAUGCGCAUCAAAAUGCAAUACAACUUCCUUUCCGACUUGAGUUUUGAAAAGGAAGACUUGCAGGGGCGGAGCUACAACUUCUCUAAGAGGCCUCCGGCCCCAGAAUUGCAGAAAUCGCGUUCAUGUCGGUCUUUGUUUUGAGCAUAAAAUUUAAGUAUUUUAUGCGAAAAUAUGUCAAAGUAUGCUAGUAUGACAUAAAUGUAGUCCAGCGGUUGCUUUUCUAAUCUCUGAGUUUCCAAAAAAAAAAAUAGUGUAGAAAAGUUAAAUCAAAGUAAUUAAGUUUUGGGUUAAUAUCUUAUUUUGGUUCGAACUAUACUGAAACUUUCUACUUUGACCUGUGGUUUAUGAAAUUGCUCUCCUAGCCCAGACGAUGUGUAUAUACUUUCUUGCUUGACUCGGCACGAAUUUUGACCGUCAAAUUGGAUCAAACUCAUUGACUGUUAGUCAAGCGCCAGGUCACUUGCCACGUUAGCGAACCCAAAAUAAAAAAUUUUGAUUUUGAAUUUCUAUAAUUAUUUUCGUUAUCUAAUUAAAUAAUAAUAAUUAAAAAAUUACUAAACCAAACUUUUUAAUUAUUUUUUCCAUUAAUUAUUAUUGUUAUUAGAUAACGAAUUGGAUAAUGUGGCAAGUGAUCUGGUGCUUGACUACCAGUCAAUGGAGUUGACCGUCCACUUUGAUGAUUAAAUCCCGCGUCGGGCCAAGCAAGGAAGUAUAGUGUAUAGUUCAGGCCAAGGGAGUAAUUUCAGAAAUCACGGACCAAAGUAGAAAGUUUGAAUAUAGUUCGGGUCAAAAUAAAGUAUUAACCCUUAAAUUUUUCAAUGAACGAAAUUCAAAAUUUUAAAGAUAAUAAUGUAAUUAAUUUUUUUUUUGUCAGCAUGAAAUUAUUAUUACUUUUUUUGUUAGUGAUUGUAUCUAUAUUAACACAACUUGAAAUACAUUUUUAUUUAGGUUAAUUUUAAAUGAUUCUAAUUAUAUAAAAAUGUCUUUCAUGAUAAUAUGUUAAGAUAAAUUCUUAAAUGCAGGGUUUCAUAAAGUGGCCUGCAAUAAAUCCAAAGACAGACCAAGUAUUUGCCUAGAGAUUGAUCAAAGGUCAAAUGCAUAUGUUUUUUAGUGUGUACACAUAUAAGUUAAAUUAUCUAAGUUUAGUGCUUUCUACUUGAUUCAUAGUGAUGACAUGUAGGUCAUAGUCAUAUACUCAUAUUCCAAAAAACUUCAAGUCCGAUAGAUUUUUUUUUUGUCACAGGCUAGGUGAAAACCGGCUUAGGAUAGGGUCAGUAACCAUACUCAUAUUCCAAAACAAAUUCAAGUCCGAUAGAUUUUUCUUUUGUCACGGGCUAGGUGAAAACCGACUUAGGAUACCUAUGAGUAACUAAAUAUGGACUUUUAGAUUUAAGUGGGUCCAGAAAUCCAGAUCUAAGGGUUGUCAAUUAAAGGCAUUUUAUUUUCCCUAGUUUUUUUUAAUCGGCUCUUAUCUUCUUCGUUCUAACUCGGAUUUCAAAUUUUUUUGCACAAAUGGAACGAGUUCGUUGUGCUCUACAAAAUGAGAUCAAUUUUUAAUAUAUUUCGAGAAACUUUUUUUUAUCAACUAUAUACCAUAUGGUAACUUCUUCGUUUUUAAGUCGUUUUUGAAAAUGUUUGCUCAGAAGGAACGAGUUCAUCAUUAUCUAUUGGAUCUAUAAAUUUCUGGGUGAAAAAAUACUCGACCAAAAAUUACCAUACUUUACCACUAUGGUAUGUGGGUGGUAACUUGUAACAAACAAUGAUGAAAGUCGUAAAUGACAGUUAGUAUACUCUUACUAUCAUGUAUUCAACCUUCUUACCAUAUUUGUAUGUUCAUACCAUUAUGGUACGCUUUCUUACCAUAUGGUAUUAAAUAUGAGCAUACCAUAUGGUAACGACUGGUAGAAAAUUAUUCAAUUUUUUUGUACUAAAAAUAUAUCAAAGUGGAUAUCAUUUUAAAGAGCACAUUUAAUCUGAUUUAUCUGUGCAAAAAAAUUUAAAUUUUGACUUAAAACAAGAAAGAAAUCUUCCGUUAAAGAUUAAAAAGAAAAAAGAUAAAAGACUUUCCAGAAGAGAGAGGGAUACUGAUGUCAUGCUGAUGUGGACGGGGUACUCAUGGUUACUAACAUGAUCCGUUCCCCGUAAAAACCAAGCACCAAUUUUGUACUCUUACAAAAAUGACAAGUGAAAUAAAGUAUAGUUGAUAUUGAAUUAAAACCAAGCACCAAACAAUUGUAAUUGUAAGGAAAAUUCAAUAUACAAAAACUAUAAUAAAUUCAUAAAAUUAUG